AUGGAGCACCCUCUUCUUGCUGGAAUUCCUCUUUUUCUGGAUGCAUUCAAUAGUAUUGCCGAUGAAGAGGGCAAGGUUUCAAGAGCAAAAUUUUUCGGAUUUUUGAAGAAAGAGCUUGGAGAUCAAGCAGAAGAGUUGCUCGCGAGGGUUGAUGAGAACGAAGAAGGGAUGAUGGAUUUCAAGGAAUUCUGCUUUUUUGCCUGGUUUAUUUUCGGCAACCAAAAUGAACUGAAAGACAACGAAGACUCCCGACAGCCAAAAAUGACGUCCGAAGAAUUCUUUGAGUUUAAAAAAUUCUUGCAGCAGAUUCGUCCUGAUCUUUUUGAAUAA